GUAAUCCUAUUGGCCAUCCAUCUCCUGUGAUCAUUUUUUCUUAUUUUAUACCCUAACCUUUUUUUUUGUUUCCCUCCUUGAUCAAACAAAUCCAGUUUUUUGCUCCAAAAAUGGCCUGCGGGAUCAACUUACCUUGUGCUGUUCCAACCUCCUUUCUCAUCCUCUCUCUCCCUAUUUUUCUCCUCUUCCAUGCACCUUCUUUCGUGAGGGGUGACUGCUGGCUAAUUGAAGGGGAUAAAGGCUACGUGUGGCUGGCAAUCUGCAGUCAAAACCAGCCUCCAUAUGAGACAAUCCCACAGCACAUUAACAACACCGUCCAUGACUUACGGCUGAAUGAGAACAAGCUUAAGGCAAUUUUCUUCAGCUCCCUCAGCCGAUUCACCAACCUUACCGACCUCAACCUCACCAAGAAUGAAAUCUCCUACAUUGAGGACGGUGCCUUCGCAGGUCAGGCCAAUCUACAGGUCUUGCAGCUGGGAUAUAACAAGCUAACCAAUCUCACAGAAGGGAUGUUGCGAGGGUUGGGACGAAUGCAGUGCCUAUAUCUGCAGCAUAACCUUAUAGAGGUAAUUGCAACCAAUGCCUUCUGGGAGUGCCCAAGCCUUAGCAGUCUCGAUCUUUCCUCCAACAAAUUAGCAAAGCUGGAUGCAUCCACCUUUACUGUGUUAGGUGGUCGGCUAAUAGUGUGCGAACUAGCUGGAAAUCCUUUUCACUGUGGCUGUGACUUGUACACCUUCCUUAUUUGGCUGGAGGCAUUUGACAAUGUCACUCACACCUACGACAGGCUCUUAUGUGAGACCCCAAAGGAACUUUUUGGUUACCCUCUUGUGAGCCCUAGAGGUAAUCAUGGAAGAAAUGCUCGUUCCAUUCUGUCAUCUAUGUGUAAAGAUGGUGUGAUUGUUGGUGGCAUAACUGCCCUGCCUCCAGACUUAGAUUCUUCAGGAAUGGAGAUAGAUUUUUAUGAUCAGAUGGGGCCUCAUAUGCAGCCCACAGCUUCAUCUACAACGGACCCAACUUAUAGUCCAAACAUUAAGUUGCAAACUGUCUCCUUCUCAACAGCAUCUCUCUUGGUUCAGAUACCCAAGCCCUACAGUAAGAUGUACAUUCUAGUGCAGUACAACCACACCUAUGUGUCCGAUGUCAUAAACCUAAAGAACAAGAAACAAACUGUCACAUUAAAUGAUCUAAAACCCCAUACAAAUUACACCUUUUGUGUGGCCUCCAUUCGCAAUUCUCAGCGGUACAAUCACACUUGUCUGAAUUUCGCAACACGGGCUCCAGGGCCUGAUGACUUGCGUGCAAGUCGUUCUACCACCACUCAUUACAUUAUGACCAUUCUAGGCUGCCUGUUUGGGAUGGUCAUUGUGUUGGGCUUGGUGUAUUACUGCUUGCGUAGGCGUAGAAUGCAGGAGGAGAAAGAAAAAUCAAUUAGUGUUAAGAAAACCAUUUUAGAGAUGCGGUAUGGGCCAGAGGCAGCUGCUGCAGCAGCCAAAGAUCCCUCAGCCUUGCAGAAACUUCAUGACCAGUCCCAUCAUCAACAUCACCACAGCAAGUUGUCCCAAUCAGCAUCCUCCAGCCUAGGCAUCCUUCAUGGUUCUGCAAACACCACCUCUUCUCGACUUUCUUCCUUGCCACAAGUGGAGAAGAUGGCUACAGCUUUCUCAGAAGCCAUGGCUACGAGUAAGGGCAACUACAUGGAUGUACGAACUGCAGGACGAGAGGAGCAAAUGAGAGAUGGAGUUGUAACUGGGUUAGGGGAUGAAAUGAGUAGAGAUGAAAAUGGGAUUAAUGGAGGAGAUGACUCUGAUGAUGAUGAUGGCCGAGAUUCAACAUCUGAGAUCUCCACCAUUGCCAAGGAGGUGGACAAGGUAAAUCAGAUUAUCAAUAACUGCAUUGAUGCACUCAAACUAGAUUCUGUAGCGGUUGUGGCAGCAGCUGCUGCCACUGCAACUACAGCAGAUAACACUGCCUCUCCACCACCUCCUAGUGUCCCAUCAGUCAGGGGGCUAAUUCCCCUUUCCCCUACCAUCACAGAGACAUGCCAGAUCAUGUCAUCCCCAAAAAUCCGUCCUCCACCUACUGUUCCUCUUGUCUUGCCCCUUUCUGAGCGACCUGGCAUCAGUGGAGGGGGUUUUCUUUCCCCUCCCUACAGGGACCCACCCCCAGCUACAGCAUCACGGCCCUUGCAGAGACAACUCAGUGCAGAUGCCGCAGUUGUCCCCAUCAACCCUGUUAAAAACCGCUGCAGCGUUUCAUCUGGUGGCUCUGUCAAAAGUGCUCGGGUUUUCAGCCUGGAUGUUCCUGACCCUCGAAGCCCCGAGCAAUGCAAGAGCAAGUACCCUGAGAAAGGCAGCCCUGUUCGGUGCGGGGAGCCACUAGAGAGGUUGCCCUUGAUAGGGGUUCAGGGAGUCAGUAACGGCAGAGGAGAUGGUGGCAGCGGGGGUGGAAGGGGAGCCGGUGGUGGCAGUGGUGGUUCGGGUGGGUGUGGUGUUGUGGUUGGUGGUGGGAGUAGCACAGCUCAGCAGCACCACUUGGAGGUGCACCCAGACUACCACUGCUCAGAGCACCGACACUCCUUCCCCGCUCUCUACUAUGAGGGUGCCACUGACUCCCCUGCCCAGAAAGUCUCCUUUUUAAAGCCUCUCACUCGCACCAAGAAGGACACUGCCUACUCUCAGCUUUCUCCCCGCCACCACAAUUACUCAGGCUAUUCUUCCAGCCCUGAGUACUCCUCCGAGAGCACUCUUAAAAUCUGGGAGCGCUUCCGACCCUACAAAAAAAGCCCCCGUGAGGAGGCAUACAUAGCCGCUGGUCAUGCUCUUCGGAAGAAAGUGCAGUUUGCAAAGGAUGAGGAUCUCCAUGACAUUCUGGAUUACUGGAAGGGGGUGUCAGCACAGCAGAAACUGUGA